GUUCGCCGCUUGGGCCUUUUCACCCUCCGGGAGGGGGGGGCCUCCCCACUGCGCCCCCCUGGGGCCCUCUUCUACCAGCGCCCCCCCUCCCCCACAGCCCCCUCCAAGGCCCCUCCCCCAGGCCCCACUUACGCCGAUGCCGCCCUCAAAGCCAGCGCUGGCUCCGCCCCCAAACCCCGGCCCCCCAAGCGCCGCCCCUCCCCGCCUCCUCCCACCGCAGCCAAUGGGACGCCUCGGAAACAGCCCCGCCCUCUCACCCCCCAAGCCACGCCCCCUCCCACCCAAACCACGCCCCCUCCGGCCGCCAUCUUGGCCGGGGUGGUGGUGGCCCUGAGUGGCUUCGAGAACCCCCUCCGCGGCCAAUUGCGCGCCGCCGCCGUCGCCAUGGGAGCCGAGUACAGCCCUGAUUGGACGCCGCGCUGCACCCACCUCGUCUCCGCCUUCUCCCGCACCCCCAAAGCCGCCCGGGCUCGGGCCAUGGGGGGGCUCCUCGUGAGCCCUGAUUGGAUCUGGGACUGCCAGAGGCGGGGCCGCCGCCUGCCCUGCCGCCCGUACCUCCUGGAUGGCUCCGCCUCCUCCGGCAGCGAUGGGGAGGAGCCUGAGGAGGCCACGCCCCCUCCAGACCCAGCCCCUCACGUGACCAGUGGAGCUGAUUCGGGCGAUGCCAGCGACCAAUCAGAGCCGGAUGAUCCCUAUGGGGGCUCCACAGAGGAGAACAGUGAGGAAGAGGAGGAGGAGGAGCCCAUUCCCCCCUUGCCUGACUUCUUCCGGGGCCUCUCGUUCCUAUUGGCCGGCAGCUUCCCGGAGGGGGAGGGGCGAUGGCUGCGGCGCCUCGUGAUCGCCUUCGGGGGGACCCUGGCCCCCUCCAUGAACGAUGCCGUGACCCACGUGGUGACAGCGGACGGCUGGGACGAGGCCUUUAACCAGGCGCUGGAGCUCCGCCCCUCGCUGACCAUCGUGCGCCCCCAUUGGCUGCUGCGCUGCGGCGAGCAACAGCGCCCCCUGCCGGCCCAGCCCUUCGCCGUUGUGCCGACCGACGUGGGGUCGCUGUGACGUCAUCACGCUGCCCCCCCCC